AUGGAGGAAUUUUCUGAGAUGCUUCACAUCCCUAUUGGAAAUCAGCUACCAUUCACUAGUUUAGAGAAGAUUCUGAAGCCUGAAGUCAUUGCCGCUGCAUUACAUCUGAAGAAGUCCGAAAUUGAGAGUAAUUGGGAAACAAGGAGUGUAGUCAAGGGUUUCCUUGCUAAGUUCUUAAUUCACAAUGCUCGAUUAUUCUCCGAUUCCUUGAGUUAUCAUGCUUUCGAAGACAUAUGGGCUUUGCUCAUCUAUGGUUUGGUGUUGUUUCCAAAUCCUGACCAAUUUAUAGACGUACAUGCCAUCCAGAUAUUUUUGACUCGCAAUCCUGUGCCUACUUUUCUUGGAGAUAUUCUACACUCACUUCACACUCGUACGAUGAAGAAGCGAGGAACUCUCAUGUGUUGUAUACCUCUGCUGUCAAGGUGGUUUAUUUCGCACCUUCCUCGGUCGGUAAUGAGGAAUGACCAAGGCUUGAAGUGGCAUCGAAGGAUAAUGUCGCUUUCUCAUUCUGACAUUCGUUGGUGUUCUCUAUCCAAGAAAAAUGUUACUAUCAUUGACCGCUGUGGACAAUACCCUAAUGUGCCACUCCUUGGCAUAAGGGGGGGUAUUACUUAUAAUCCCUCGUUGUCUCUAUGUCAGUUUGGUUACGCUCGAAGAGAUAGUAUUCAUCAUAUGCUUAUACAAGGCGUUGUGUUCAACUAUGAAGAUGAUCCUCAAGGUCACCGUCAGAAGUUUAUACGUGCUUGA